GGAGCCGUCUUGAAGCAGCAAUGGAAACGUAAACAAACCAUUUUGAGAGAAGUUGUUUUUUUCACAAACAAAUUUAAACAUGCCAAAUCUGUUAUCGCUUGAAUUUGAAAUCUUUGGAAGGGUACAAGGUGUAUUUUUUCGGAAGUACACCCAGAAGAAGGCCACAGAGCUGGGUCUUGCUGGCUGGGUCAGGAACACCAGCCAGGGAACAGUCCAGGGUGUAGCCCAGGGACCAGCCCCUAAGAUAACGUCCAUGAAAACCUGGCUUCAGACGACAGGCAGUCCAAGCUCACAGAUAGAAAAGGCCGAGUUUAAAGAAACAGCUAUUUCGACUCCACAGUUCAAGAAAUUCAGCAUUGACAAAACGCGCUGACAACCAGCUGAAAGUUAAGAGGAUCUUUGUAGAUGGAUGUAUGCAUAUAUCCAAACAUUUAAUUGCUUAUCUUGCCUUGGUACAGUUUCAUAGUGUACAUGUAUUGCCGUUUUGUUUUACCAAAACCUUAUUUAUUUGGGUAUUAAUUUAUGCCAUGCUUGGUUGUAAUGUUAAAUGUAUGUGUGUGUUUAUUUAUGGCUUUCUUUACACAUAUAAAUGAAGAUACACACAUGUAACAUAGAUUGAACAGAGCAGAGCUUCUGCUGUAGGCCCUACAAAUGGCCUUAUUCAUGCUGUAAUGUACUUGACUAAUUAUGUGUAAUAACAUGUCU